AUGGCGAGCGACUCCGAUGCCUCACGUCGCAAGCACCGACGAUCUUCCUCCGAUGACGAGGUCGAGAAGUCCUCAAAACGCCACAAACAUCGUCACCAUCACCACCGACGUCAUCGUCACCGUAGCAAGAAGCACGGAGAGGAUACCAAACUAUGCGAUGAAGAGAUAACUCCUGCUAAUCUUCCUCCUCCGGUUCCUGUUGCGAAUAAUAACAGAGCUGAUGACGUGGAGGAAGGGGAGAUUCUUGAGGAGGAAGGUUCUGUCGGUGUCGAUAUCAAGGCCAGUGAAUUACGCGAGGAAGUUACCGAUUCUCAAAAUUUGGGAUUUGAAAAGAAUGACAAUGGUUUUGUGAGUAAUUGUCUGGCGAGCUCUCGAAAAGAUUCUAGGGCUGAGCUUCGGGACGAGUUAGUUUCUAAUCUUGACUCGAAGGAUCUUGUAAAUGGUAAUUUGGGUCGUGAAUACCAUAAAGAUGAUCAGAAGAGGCAUGGGGAAUCUAGGUCCCGUUUGAAAGGAAGUAACAUGCGAAAGAGUAACCGGGAUGUUGAUACAACUGAGGGUGAUGAUAGCAAAUCAAGGGAUUGGAGAAAGUCAUCAUCUUCUGAAAGCAGUGAAGAUAAGCAUAAGAGGACACACUCACCGUCGUGUGAUAGGUACCGUGAUGAGUUUCAUCGUAGGAGUAGAUCAAUUUCGCGAGAUCUAGUCAGGGAGAGAUCUCGUUCCCGAAGCAUAAUUGAAGAUGAGGCUCUUUUGAGAAGAAAGAGACACCAUGACAGGGUUGAGAUUGACUCUGAUGGUGAAAGAAUCUUUCGAGACAGCAGGGAUCUGCGGCAUGGAAGUAGAGAUUCAAUAAGAAAUGUGGAUAGGGAACACAGUGUUAGUUACAACAAGUACGCAGAUGGAGAAGACCGGCAUCGCAACAGGGAUGCUCAGGACAGAGAGAGGGGCAAGGAGAGGGAGAGGGAACAGAGAAGAGAUAAGGAGCAAGAGAGGAGCAGGGAGAGGGAGGUGGAUAGGGAUAGAAGAAGGGAGAUGGAACAUGGGAGGAGCAGGGAAAGUGGCCGGAGAAGGGAGAAAGAACAAGAUAGGGAGGUAGACGAGGAAAGGAGGAGGGAGGAGAAAGAAUGGGUGAGGAGUAGGGACAGGGUGGAGGAGAUAGAUAGAAAAAGACAGAAGGAAACAUAUUUUAGCAAAGAAAAAAAUAUGCAAAGGCCCAGUGACAGAGAUAGGGAUAGGUAUAGAGAAAGGGAGAAGGAUAGGGAUAGGUGCAUGGAAAGGGAUAGAGUUAGGGACAGGAGAAAUGACAGGGAUCGGGAGAAAUCUAGGGAUAUUAAGAGUGAUUCAGUAAACUUUUAUAAUUCCAACAGCAAUUCUUUUGGACAGGGAAGAGACAAUCUAAACAGGAUUAAUAAGGAGCUGAUAGAAGGUUCUGGUCAAUCAACAGCAGCUGACAAUGUUGCUCCAGAAAGUGUUGAUGGUAGGACUGAUGGUGCUGAUGUUUAUGUUGCCGAGACAUCUUUUUCUGUGGGGAAAUCACCUUCACAAAAUGGAAUACAAGCUCCUGAUAGAACUUCAGGUGCUGCAGGGCUUGGAGAGGGUUCUCCAAAGAGUGAGAGAUCAGAGGAAAAAUAUUGCGAUGAUAUUUUUGGAGAGACGCCUGUUGGAGUUCGUAAAUCGGGUAAAGGAGAGGGAUUGCCAGUCGCAAGGAGCGGUCUUCAUGACAAUUGGGAUGAUCCUGUAGGGUAUUAUAGCCACCGAUUUGGAGAAGUACUUGAUGGUCGAUAUGAGAUUGUUGCUGCUCAUGGAAAAGGUGUCUUUUCUACAGUAGUUCGUGCAAAGGAUCUGAAGGCUGGCAUUGAUGAAUCUGAAGAAGUCGCUAUAAAAAUUAUACGUAACAAUGAAACAAUGCGCAAGGCUGGUGAUACAGAGGUUUCAAUACUGAAGAAAUUAGCAGGCCAAGAUCCCGAGAACAAGCGUCAUUGUGUUCGUUUUCUUUCAAGUUUCAAGUAUAGAAAUCAUCUUUGUUUAGUUUUUGAAUCUCUUCAUAUGAACCUGCGUGAGGUCUUAAAAAAGUUUGGUCGAGAUAUUGGCCUUAAACUAACUGCCGUUAGAGCAUAUGCAAAGCAGCUUUUUAUUGCUCUGAAGCAUCUAAGAAACUGCGGUGUUCUUCACAGUGAUAUAAAGCCUGAUAAUAUGCUGGUAAAUGAGGCAAAAAAUGUGCUGAAGCUUUGUGAUUUUGGUAAUGCGAUGUUUUCUGGUAAAAAUGAAAUUACACCAUACCUUGUAAGCCGAUUUUAUCGUGCUCCUGAAAUAAUUCUUGGCUUGCCGUAUGAUCAUCCGAUGGAUAUGUGGUCUGUUGGAUGUUGCUUGUAUGAGCUUUAUUCUGGAAAAGUUCUUUUUCCAGGUUCUACAAACAAUGACAUGCUGCGACUUCACAUGGAAUUGAAGGGCCCUUUCCCGAAGAAGAUGCUUAAGAAGGGUGCAUUUGUUGACCAGCAUUUUGACCAUGAUUUGAAUUUUCAUGCUACAGAGGAAGAUCCUGUCACUAAAAAGAUUAUGAAAAAGAUUAUUGUGAACAUAAAGGCAAAAGAUAUUGGAUCCAUUAUUUCAGGCUCUCCUGGUGAGGAUCCAAAGAUGUUAGCAAACUUUAAAGAUCUUCUAGAAAAAAUCUUUGUGUUGGAUCCUGAGAAGAGGAUGACACUUUGGGCAGUUUUUGGCAUGGUUGAAGUCAAAACUGGUGAUAUGUGGUCAGCAUUACUCUUUACAGGCGGUUCAUUCAGUGGAAUGUACUGGUUCUAUUUGUAUGCAUCUGAUCCAUGGUCUGUCAUUCUGGAGGCACUUGCUCCGGAGAUGUGCUGCUGCAAACUUGAAGUGAAAGUAAUUUUUAGUAAGGCACUAUCUCAUCCAUUUGCAGCUCUGAUACUUCAUAAGAUUCACGUAUUGCUUCAUAUGUAG